UUUAUUGAUGAAAUAAAAAUAUUAAUAUAAUUAAUACUUUUAUAUAUCAACUUGUUGUUUUAUUUACUAAAAAAAUCUGAAAAGGUUUGGAUUGUUUUUGUUCUACUAAUUAAGUUUCCUAAAAUACCCAAUAAUUGUAACAAAAUUAAAAUAUAGAAAUACGAGCAAACUUUCAAAUGACAACAAGAGAAGUCCACCAAGUCCAUAAAUAAAUAAUAGUAUUCUAUCAUUCUUGACCAAGUCUAUAAUGAGCAUUGUAUAAAUCUACACGUAACCAAUUGUAAGUUUUUCACUAAUACACACGCAAAUAAUAAUGAGAACUUAGGUUGAGUGCCAAUCAGUAAAUUUCUCUAAAAUUCUUUGUAUUUUUGGCAAAUGAAAUACAAAAACAUUCUUGAAAAUAACAUGAUUCAAUUACAUAAAAUCAGAAAUGAUGAAGGAAUCAAAAUUUUUAAUUUCAUCUGCUAUAAUUUUAAUCUUUCCACCGAUUGGCACAUAGCAUUAGCUUUAAAAUAGUAAACGAAAAAACAUAAAUAAAAAAUUAACAAUCAGCUGCUUUCUUAACCCCUUUCAACAGAAGACCUUUAAAAGCCAAAACAAAAAGAAUAUAUACAUUUGUAUAUGCACAGUUUACAUAUAUCAAGGACAUAUGUAUCUUUAUUAAAGAGCAAAAGUAUAAUUGAUUUUCAAAUCUAAAAAAUAUAGAAUUAUAAAUCACAUACAUGUAUUAUGUUGCGCACCAAUCAAAAUGUAUCGUCUCAAAUAUUGAAGCGGUUUGUUACGAGGCAAAGAAAUUAUGCGGCAAAGUCACGCCAGAGUAAAAAGGCGCAAAUCCAACUUCCACCAGAUAACUCUAAUGGACUAGAUGUGCCUGUGGAGGAAACCAUAAACGCCCACUUUUUAAAACGUGAAAUAGGCUCUACCCAUCUUAAAUGGAGUAACGUACUUGUCAAGUAUCCGGAAUUGAAAGCUAUAAAGAGACAAGAUGCCGUUAAUACAGUCAAAACUUUAAAAAUGUUGAAUUUCGAUGUAGAAACCAUACUCCAAAAGCCGGUUGUGUUACAUCAAAAUGCCCUUACAUUGGAGAAUCGCUAUGAAGUUCUGUAUGAAUGUGGUUUUCAACCCAUCACCCUUAUAUUGCUUUCGAAAUUUGUAACAGUUAUUAACAAAACUGUUUCUAUGUUGAAAUCAUAUGGUUAUAUACCCUUUGAAGUGAACGUUUUAGCGAACUUGUGUAAUUCUUUUAGUAAUGAGGAAUUAUCUGUGAAAACCUUUACAGAAUUGAACGAGGGAAUGAAUAUAAAACAUUUGCGGGAAUGCAUACUAAAUACUUACCUCCGACAAGUUUUGGACAUGAACGAUAAUGAUAUAAAAAAGUUGUGGCAAGUUUAUUACCGCGUUCGGCAUCGUAGUUUCAAAUCCGUUCAAUCAGUGGUAAAGGUGCUACUCGAAGAUCUACAUUUUCCAAAAGAGCGUAUAAUAAAGAAUGCUUUUUUACUUCACGGUGAUGCCGAAAACAUGAGUAGAAUAAUAACCGAAAUAAAACGAAUAGACGGUCAAGAUAUGCGUGAAAUUGUAUACCGGCGCCCGAAAAUAUUGAUGUCUUCCUGUGACGGGUUAUUAAAAACACUUGAAAAUGUUAAAGCCUUUGGCAUACAUGAAUCGGCAAUAACGAAAUGUUUGGAAAUCCUAACACUCGGAUCCGAUACCAUACUGGAGCGUUUAAAAGAUUUGAAUUCAAUAGAUGAAUUCAAAGUUUUGGGCACUAAUCCACGAGUGCUUCGUCUUGUACAUUACCAAAACAAAGCUCGCUUACGUUUGGAAUACUUGAAUCAACUAAAAGUGCGUUGUGCCUCUCUACAUAUUUUGUCUGGGGGAUCAGAGAAAUUCGCUAAGUUUGCGCGUGAAGGUGUAGAUCGCACAAAAGGACGAGAUGUUGUAGUUUACUUGGCAAAUAUAAUCGGGAAAGACGAAAAUUAUAUACGUGCAUUACUUUCCAGACAUCCCAAUUGGUGUCAUAUUCCUGUGCUGCAAGUUAAGCAAUGUUACGAUUUUCUGCGUUCAAAGAAAUUUCCAAUAUCGGCUAUAUGUAAUAAUAUACAUCUACUUUUAUAUCCUAUAGAACGAAUUGAAGAAAAACUUAACGAACUUCAUAAACCAGAAAGUCUUGAGGAAUUACAAUUGCCAGUGGAUAACAUUUAUGAUUUGGAUAACAAUGAAAUGCUCACGCUUAUUCUUUAUUUAAUCGAAUGUGAAUUCCAUUUUACUGGAGAUGGCAUUUGGACGGAACAGCAAACACAACCUGUUGAAAAUUUUAAUAACUUGCUUCCUGAUUUUCCGGAGAGUUUAAAUAAAAUUUACAAAUAUGGAAUUAAGCCCAGCCGAGCAAACCAAUCAGCCAAUAAGCCAACAGAACUGAGAUAAUCGUGGCACAAAACUGACACAAGUGUAGUAAUGAAUCAAUUAGGUAGAAAUCGUUAUAUUCUUUCAUUUUGAAUUCUAUCUUAUUAAAUCUUUCUAAAAUUAUGAGUAUAUUACGGAGUUAUUUAAAUCAAAAUUAUGUAAAUAUAUGUACAUUACGCGAGUUGGAAAAUUAGUAACAUUUCCAUGCCGCGGCGCCAUUGAA